AUGUAUCAGGUCACGUAUCUCACCAGCUUACAUAUCACGCAAACUCCGUAUCUUCAUUUCCUAAUCCUAUAAGCAGCUGACGCACAAGAAACUCUCAAGUCUUAACUGAACUCCAUCCAAGCUCAAUUUCAAUCUCCUCGAUUCUCUUUGAAAUUCUUGCCGCUUCGUCACUCAGGGAGCUGAACUUUUGAUUGUUUAAAGUUAAAUUUGGCAAGUUGAUGAAUUGUGAGUUGUGGGAUUAGGCGGUCAGGAUGUCGACGCCGGCGAGGAAAAGAUUGAUGAGGGAUUUUAAGAGGUUACAGCAGGAUCCUCCUGCCGGCAUCAGUGGUGCUCCGUAUGACAACAAUAUUAUGCUCUGGAAUGCCGUUAUAUUCGGUCCUGAUGAUACACCUUGGGAUGGAGGUACGUUCAAGCUCACCCUUCAGUUUACAGAGGACUACCCCAACAAGCCUCCAACUGUGCGGUUUAUUUCCAGGAUGUUCCAUCCAAAUAUUUACGCCGAUGGAAGUAUAUGCUUGGACAUACUGCAAAAUCAGUGGAGUCCUAUAUAUGACGUAGCUGCUAUACUUACUUCAAUCCAGUCUUUGCUCUGUGAUCCAAACCCAAACUCGCCAGCAAAUUCAGAAGCAGCACGCAUGUUUAGUGAGAAUAAGCGCGAGUACAACAGGAAGGUGCGUGAGAUUGUUGAGCAGAGCUGGACAGCAGACUAACAUCUCUCAGGCUGAAUCUGUUAUGGGAGAUUUUCCUGGUAGGGAUGCCUGUGUCAAGCUGAAAACUUUUCAGUGCUGUUGCUACAUUAAAAAUAAAUGUAGCAGGAAAUUGUCCGUUUAUGUGUUGUAGGAAACUCUGAUUGCCUUAAUCUUCAUGUUCUGCUACUCGACCAUGAGACAUUGUACAUAUGAUCUCUUGUAUCCAAAUUAUUUGAAGCUCUCUUCUGUUGGUCCUAUGAGACCGAAUGAAAAAUGGAUAAACAUCUGAUAUUUUUGUUUAGCAAUUUAAUUCACUGUGAAUGCAA